GACGGUGAUGUCAUUUCCGGCGUGGUUGGGGGGGACGGCCUGAAGGCAGAAUGGCAAUGAGUGGAGGUGACGAGGAGUUCGCCUGGACACCCCCCACGGCGGCGGAGAUGAAGGUGAUCGAGGCUCGACGGGAGCGCCAGGACAAGAUCAGCAAGCUGAUGGGGGACUACCUGCUGAAGGGCUACCGGAUGCUGGCAGACUGCUGUGCGGAGUGCGGGACCGUCCUUCUCCAGGACAAGAAGCAGAAGACCUACUGUGUGGCCUGCCAGGAGCUGAACUCUGAUGUGGACAAAGACAACCCAGCCUUGAACCCGCAGGCAGCGCUGACCCAAGUGAGGGAGCGGCAACGUCUCUACAACGGCCAGCCCGAGCAGCCGUACGGGAGCUGUCCCACCCCGGACCUGCAGGUGGAGGCGCGGUCCCCGGAGCGGCCCGGGCCAGCGGCCUCCUUCCCGGACGCGGCGGCCCCCCCUCGCCCGGCCCCGGAGGCCGGCGCCCCCGCCGAGGCCGAGCGGGCGGUGCUGCGGAAGAUGGCUUGGGCCUGCGCCGAGCUGGAGCGGGCUGCGUCCGUCGAGUACAGUGCACAGCUCUGCGGCCUGAUCCGGAGCUGCGCCGACUCCCUGCACAGCCUGAAGCGGCUGGCGUAGGCGCGGGCGGUGAGGAGCGUCCCUGCCUGCCCCCGGCGCUGGUUGCGCCUACCCAGCAAUGGUCACGCCCCUCCUGCUUCCCACCCUGGGCAGUGGCCUUGCCCUCGGACCCCCUGCUCAGGAGCGCUCAGAACCCGCCGGGGGUCUCUUCUCGACGAAGGCCACACCCACUCUGCACUCGCUACGGCCCUCAACCCCUUCUCAUCGCUGGCCGCACCUACCUGGAAUCAGUCACGCCUCUUCAUUCCCCCCCCCCCGGGGGUCGCCGGCCUCGUCCACUCAGCACCGGGCAGAACGCCCUCAGUCUCCCUCUCAUUGCUGGCCAGUCACGCUCCUGACCCUCCUCGCACUGACCCUGCCUCCGCAGGCCCUCUCCCUCUCCUGCCCCCCCACCAGCAUUUCCGCGCCCUGCUGAAGCUAAGGGCUAUCGUUUGAAACGGUCAGUGCACCCUAAACUUCAGAGGGCUUGACAUGUGGCCCCCCCCCUCUAGUGCUGAGCACACCCCACCCCCCACCCUUGGAUAAACCCCGCCCCCGCAGCACGCGAUUGCCUUGACGUACCGCGUAGCUGCAGUUUGACGCUCCCCGUGUAGGUCCCUGAACCCUGCCACCGUCCUGCUCCCCGCGGAAGCGGUCGUUGCGAUUCCACGUCUGGGCUCCAGGGAGCGGGAACGUGAGCAUCUGAGGAGGAGGUUCCACAGUAGCUCCACUUCACAGGCCUCCCCACCCUGCGUCUCUUGCCACUGGAGUGAAGGUGCCCACCCCCCCCCGCCCCACCAAGACAUCACGUAACCAAUGCUGGAAGCCUGGUUAAAAGCCGCAUUGAUCCGACGAGUUUGGGUUCGACUCCGGGCCAGCCACGAAACAAGCUGCUAGAGGAGCCCAACGAGGACGAGCAGCAUCCGUGGAGGUAGAGGGACAGUGGAGAUUUUGGAUCGGGGUUCUGCAUCAGGACUGCCCGACGCCCUGCAGUGCCUCCAGCCCAAACUUCCUGACAGCCUCACGCAGGAGCGGGCACCCACAGCAGUAUUAAAUUCUGUCGCCUGACGUAAGUGUAUGCUUCAGUGUUGUUACUGCAAACAAAAUCACCAGAGAGACACUGACACUAGUGGAUCGGGAAGUCUUUAUUCAACACAAGCAGGCGUCGUACCGGAGACGUUAGAACAUCGGGAAGUUUUUGGCAAGAACCAGCCAUUCGGCCCAAUAAAGCUUGCCAAAUUCCUAUUCACACAGUGUGUUGAAAUAACUAACGAGUUUAGAUUUGAAAGUCUCUUAAGUUACUUCUCUCAACUACGCAACUAGGUAGUUUGUUCCCUGUGUCCACAACUCACCGUGUAAAGAAAUGCUGUCUGAGGUUUGUCUGAAAUCUCCCCUUAACCAGUCUCCACCUAUGGCUUCGUGUCCUCAUUGAUGGAUUAAUUUUGAAAUAGCAGCUGGCAUCCACCUCACCUCUACCCUUAAUGAUUUUGAACACUUAUCAUUCUACGUCUACUUGGGCUAAACAGAUUUAAUCCUGUCAAUCUUCCUUCAUAGCUCAUACCCUGCAGACCCGAAAUGAGUCUCAUCGCCCUUCUCUGCCCUUACAUCCUUCACUCAACAUGGAGACCAAAUGCCUCAUAAGUACAUUAUACAGCUUAAGGAGAACGUCCCUAGAGUUGAACUCUCACUGGGCGCAUUAUGUAGCCCAACAUUCUGUUCGCUUUCCUCAUCGCUUCCGUGCAUUGUCCAGUUGACAGUGAUGAGUCUAUCAGAAUACCCAAAUCAUUCCCAUACUUGGACAGAGACCCGUAAACUCAAAGCACAUCACAUUUUUAUACCCUUAAGAUCAAUCGUAACUCAAUACAUUUAAACCUUAACCAGGAUCAAUAGUUACAAUAACAUCAUUUGCUUCAAUACCUUGGGUUGACAAUGCCUUCUUUGAGUUACAUAUAAUUUCCAAAACACCUAGACCUUCACACGAACACUCCAGAUGCACUGGUCCCCAACCUCCGGGCCGCAGACCGAUACCGAUCCGCGAAGCAUGCAGGGGUGCAGCGGUAGCCGGAGCGCACCCAGCACAUCU